AACACCCUUAGCUUUGGCAAGCUGAAGAAGCCAUGCCCAAAGAUGCAUAAGUAUAACAGGCUUAUGGAGAACCACCAGACUCUUAAGUUCUUGCCAGUUUUAGCUGUGGCAAGUUUCCUCAUCAAAAUAAGUGGAUCAAGCUCUCUUCGCCCAGUGCUGACUGGUCCUGAGCUGGCCUUGAGUGGCCCGAGGGUGGUUUUCCGUUGUAUUGCACCUGACGUCUCCCCACCAGUUACCUAUGAGCUGAUGAGGGAUGGUGGUGUUAUUGCAUGGGACAGAGAUCUCCAAGGGGGCCAAACGGCAUCAUUCCCCAUCAAAGUAAAGCCAUCUUCAGAAGGAUCAUACCACUGCAAGGCCACAGGUAGAGGGAGCACAGGAAUCAGCAACAGCAUCAAGCUGAGUGUAGUCACUCCACCAUCAAAUACCAGAGUGGUCUCUGAACCUUUUCCUCCAGUUGCAUACGAGGGGUCACACAUGGCCCUGAGCUGUGAAGUUGAAAGUGGGUCCCACCUUUCCUACAGCUGGUUUUUUAACAGAAAGGAAAUAACAUCUUCGACUUCUACUCCCUUCUACCUCAUUGGAAACAAGCUUCUGAUGGAAAGGAUAACCCCAGAGCAUGCUGGGUAUUAUUAUUGCAGCGCUUGGACCAGGGUUAAUGACAGUAUGAGCACUUCCAUCAGCACAGAGGUUCAGGUGACAAUCAAAGUCUACGUUUCGAAGCCAGAGAUCUUCUUUUCUGUUUAUAAAGAGGGAGCCAGUUACCAUGGAAACCUGACCUGCUGGUCAUCAAGAGGGAGCCCUCCAGUGAACUUUUCCCUUUUAGUAGAUGGUAAAGAAGUGGACUCUAUCGUAGCAGUUCAGUCCCUCACUGCCUGGUUUCGUGUAGCUGUAGUACCUGAGCUGGACAUGGGAGAAGCACGAUGUCGGGUGAAAACAGAGAAUCGGGAGCUCAUGAGUAAACCUGUGACUCUGGAAGUAGUCCCAGUUGGAGGAAAUGUGAAAGUGGAGGUUGAAUAUCUGUACACAGCUGAAUCCAAACUGACUACAGCAAGGCUGAGCUGUCAUGUCAGCAGAGGAACUUUCCCUUACUUCUCAUGGCUCUUGAAUGACUCUGUCCUUCCCUCUGAGUCACAUCUGGAUUCCCACAUUCAGCCCAUCCUGCCUCAUUUUGCCUUCACUGACCGAGGAAGAACCCUCGUCCUCCCUAAACUCAGCCCAGAGGAGUCAGGGUAUUACCGCUGCAGGGCCAGGGACAGCUAUGAUGACUCUAGGAGCUGGGUGGAGAGUGCAGCUGAGCUGGUCCAAGUUACAGGAGGAUGCUAGGAAUAGAACCAGAUGGCAGCAGCUGAUCCCCUAAAGGGAGUAACAGGAAAAGAGUUAGAGUCCCUGGUGUUUCUGUUUGUGCUCCCUCAUCUCUGCCGUCUUGUUAAGUGUUAGUAUUCAUGCCUAUCGCUCUCUUUGGGUACUUCCUGUUUUUACUUUGAAGGCUGCUUUCUUUUGUGUGUUGUGUCAGUGUUGUUUCCUUUCAGUCUUCCCCUGAGGCCCUGAUUUUUUUUAUGGACCAUUAACCCGUUGUUAAUUGUGUUCACCUGUUUUUCCUUUGUUACGUUGUUUGUUUAGGCUGCUUUGUGUCAAUGAAAGUUAACUGUUCCGUUCCUAGCGUAGUCCCUUUUGAGUUCUUCUGAAAUGUUUUUAAAAUCCACAAAAGCACCGAACUGUUACAAGAUUUUGGUCAGUUAUUUUUGAGCUAACCCCAUCGUAUUAUACAUGAAGCACCUCCCACAGGUUGGACUGGGUUUCAUGGGUACUGAUUACAUAUCAAAAAUAUCACCUCAGCAGACAAAAGUGGAUGUAUUUAAUGGCCAGGUCAUUACAUAUAGAACACCAGCUGCUUCUUAUUUAUGUAGUUCUUGCAUAGUUUGGGUCUGUGCUUUGCUGAUUCAUCUGUUGCAUGAGGAAAACUGCUCCAAACAUCAGUGAUGCAAAAAAGUCUGUUGUGGCAUUGUCUUAUUUGUUCAUCCUCAAUCCCUUUUAUUUUGUGCAGAUUUCCCACUUUACCACCAAAGCACGCCCCAAACCAUGACAUUUCCUCAUUAGCCUCAAAAAACUUGUUCUGUUUUACACAAAUAUUCCUUUUUUUUUUCUUCCAAACACAUUUGAUCCCCAUAACACUGUUUUCCAACCUUCUUCUGCCCAAUUUCGGUGUACUUUUGAUUUUGCAGCUAGCGUUUUGUGAGAAAUAUUUAAUGAAGGGACCUGCUGACGAACAGUGAGGUGUUUGUCUAUUUAACUGGAGACUAUGAUAUUGUUACUCAAUUGUGCAGCGGGGACUCCCGUGUCUGUCCUGGGCCAGUUUGAAAUCUGUUUUAAUUCAAAGCAAAUAUGCAUUGCUCUCAAAAAGAAAGAAAUUUCAGAAGUGACCCCAAACUUUUGUGCAGAAGUGUGUAUGCUGCCUCUGCAGUGUGUAAACUGGCU